UCUUCUUUCUUCGCUUUAGCCUGGUGCUACCUUUCUCUUCACUUUCUUAUCUUCGCUCGCCAUGAAGUUCAUCCAGUCCUUUUCUGUUUUUGCUCUUCUUGCUCUCGGCGUGCAGGCUGCACCACACGCAAAGCGGGAUGGGAGUUCCAGUGCUAGUCAAAGCGCAAGCAGCUCUAGCUCUGCGUCCUCCACGUCCCUUGAUCCACUCUCGGUCCUGGCUUCGGCGUUCCCGUCCGCCGCAACCUUGACAAGCCCGGACCAGAUCGUGACGGCCAUUCAGGCGAACUCGCAAGCUGCGGCAUCUGCAGUGGGAACUGGGGCUGUCCUGGAGCUUGAAGCCUCCCUCGUGAUGGCGCAGGCCAUGACAGCGAUCUCCCCCACAGAAACGCAAUUGUCUCUCUUCUUGGCUGAUGUCGCGGGUACGCCUGUUGUCCAGGUAUCCUCCAUUGGCGGGCCGGCAAUUACGCUCGCGACGGGAACUGCUGCGAGCGCCUUCCCGACCUCGUUCGCGGGACACGUCUUCACUGCGGCUCCGAAGACGAACCACGCCGUUACGGACCUGAAGUUCCCGAAGGCUCUGGUGGCCGGUGCGCUGACGAUGAUUGGGAGCAUCGCUGUGGGUGCCAUUGCUGUAUUUUGAGGACGAGACGCAAUGUAGCUGGAUUCGCCGUCUUUCAACAAUGUCACGGCGUCAGUAGGCUUAUACGAGAAGAGCGUCGGAGGAAUAGCAUACCGCUGACUCCACCCAGGAACUCUCGUAGAACGCUUGCUUGCGUAUUCGAUCACGAGACACUUUGACCAUCC